GAAAGAGGAGUUAAGAUAGCGAUAGAUGUUUGCUGGGAAAUUUGUAGUUGCCUUUCGGGCUUUUCUGAAAUGGUAAAGGGUAGCAAAAUAAGAGUUAAGAUGGCGAUAGAUGUUUGCCGGGAAAUUCGUAAUUGCCUUUUAGGCUUUUCUGAAAUGCGCAUUUCUUAAAAUUUUUUGGAUUGAAUACGCUCGCAUAGGUUUCGGAGACGGGAAAAAUGUGAAUCACUGUUUCAGACGAUCUGGCUAAGUGGAAAUAAUCAGGAGGCGAGAAAUAUGUACUGAAACACAGCGGACUGUAGGGAGGGCAGUAUAUGGCCAUUUUUCACACAGAAGUCGCGUUGCUGCAAAACCGAAUCGUAGCGCGUUCAAGGGCCUACUUUGUCACUGAUUGCUACGUCGCCACUCAAAAGUCGCGUGUAGCUAAAAAUUUAGAGGUCACAGCACGUGAGGCAAAUCCAGCGUGUGAAGUCAAUUUUUCUUUCGUCUACAGCAAAGUUUAAAUCAUUAUUUGCGCUCAUUAUCGAUUUCGACGAGCACAUAACUUUAAAAUUAUUUAAAUGUACCAGAAGAAAGACAAAAUCAGAAACAUUAUAGAAAUGUGAGGGGAAUACAAGUCAGACAUCACAGUCACGUUUGUCAUGUAAAGUGAUCACGUUUGGACAUAUGUGACUUCUAUGCACGCAAUUACGUAACGUCCUACAAAAGCUUUAAAAUCACCACAAAGUAUACUCGACAGCGUACCACUGUUAAAAAGUAUUAUCACUGAUGCCAUAUACAAUACUGCAACCUCUAUGCACUCGUUUAUCGGCCAAAUGAUCGCUUCAGGCGGUUGAAUUUCGACAAGGAAGCUUUUUGAGAGGUUUGUGAUAAUUUUGUUUCGUACGAACUCAGUGAACCAUAUGGAACUUUUCGUGAACAUACUAUUAAAAGUUGUCGUGCAAAUUUUGCAAGAUUAAACGUACAAGUAACAGAUCUAGUCUCCCAUCUAAGUCAUUAUAAAAACUAUUUGUUGAUUUUCAAUAUCAUAUUCUUAAAGUCCUGACGAUACAGAAUUUAUUCGAUCGAGCGUUGCUGCGUCCAGGCUUGACAUUGAAUUCAGUUCUCGGUUUAAAAGAGAAAUUGCUUCGAAGACUUCCGUCAUCGUCUUUCCAUCAUUCGAUUUAACUCAUUUCAUUGAACUUCCGUUAAAAAUAUUGCUUUGGAGAGAACGCAAGAUACUACAAACAAGACUCUCAAAUGUUCUAGAAAGCAUGAGUAUAAAACUGUAAUAUCUGAUCUAUCGGACGUAGCUAUUAAACUAUAUUGUUAUGACUUGGUUUAAACGCGUCUGAGCUCUUCAAUGAUAUCAUUGUUGCCUGGUUUACUUAUUUGUUUAUUUUUUUUCUAAUCUUUUCAAGUUACAAUUUGAUGUUGGCUGAUUUCAUUAUAAGCGGAGAGUUAGAUGGCGGACGACUUUGAAGACAACAGAGGUCAAUUUCAGGGUGAUGUAAUAAUCCCAAGACCGACAGCAACUGGUAUCCCAAGGUCUUGUAAUGUUACUAGCAGUGCCAGCUGUUCAGCUGGAGAGUCAAAGCACCCUCAAAGAAGUGGGCACUAUAGCACCUCUCCAUCAACAUCCGGUGAUUUGAUGUCAAAGGGCAGUCCUGGGAACCACAACCACAACCACAAUCACCACUACCAUAGACACCAUCACAGCAAAGGAAAGGUCAAGAAACAUUAUAAUGGAAGUUCAGACCGCUUUAGUCGUACUGCUGCUGUACUGCGACAGGCAGGGCUUAUGAAACUUACCCUGCAAAUUGCUCAGUUGAUUAAAACUAAUGAAGAUCUUCAAAAAGAAAUUGAUGAACUGCAAAGUGAAGCUCUUCAAUUCAGUGAAAAUUUAAAAAUGCAACUUCAGCAGAAACUACAAGAUCAAAAUGGGACCAGUGAUCUACAUGAUGAAAACAAAUGAGGGACUGUUUAUUAUGAUAAAAGGGAUGGGGGG